UAGGCGAAACCAUGUCUGCACCGUCACCCUUAGUAAGAGAGAAACUACUCUGCCUCGUCCUCCUCUUAUUGGUCCUGUUUCCCAUUUCCAUUGCUUCUUCUUCUUCAUUCAGAGUUGCCUCUUCUCCUUCCCCUUCCAAUUAUGGUUUUCAACGAGAAGCAAUGGAGGCUCUCAUUCAAUGGAAGGCCAGCCUUCUUCGUCACCAUGUUCAUAACAAUUCCCUACUACUACUUCCUUCAUGGAUGAUGAAGGCAAACGGAAGCAUCAACGAUCCAUGCAAGUGGGAGGGCAUUACUUGCAAUGAGGCAGGAGGACUCAUCACCAUAAUAAACCUCUCGAGUAUGGAUUUACAAGGUACGCUUCAUGACUUCAACUUCUCAUCCUUCCCUAACCUCCUACGUCUUGAUCUCCAUCACAACUCACUUUUUGGACCCAUCCCACCAGCCGUUUCCAAUCUUUCCCAACUCACCCACCUCAAUCUCUCCAUCAAUCACUUCUCUGGGAACAUCCCGUCUGAGAUUUCCCUAUUGAUGACUCUUAGUGAGCUUGACUUGCACUACAAUAAUCUCACCGGCUCAAUCCCUACAGCUAUAGGCAAUAUGAAGAACCUGACAAUUCUUCAUUUCGGUGAAAAUCAACUUUCUGGUCCCAUUCCUUUGGGAAUUGGUAACCUUCGUAGCCUCACUGUGCUGAAUGUGUCAAUGAAUUACUUCUUAAAUGGUUCUAUCCCUUCCACCAUUGGAAAUUUGAGCAAGCUGAAAUCCAUUUAUCUUUAUAAAAAUUCACUCUCUGGUUCCAUUCCUAUGGAAAUUGGAAACAUGACCAAUCUUUAUGAGCUAUUUCUGUCGAAUAACCUUCUGACAGGUAGACCUCCAGAAAUUGGAAACUUAAGAUCUCUUACACUACUUGGUUUGGCCAACAAUAGUCUCAAUGGUUCAAUUCCAGCUUCUUUGGGAAAUUUGAGCAAGCUGAAAUUCUUUUACCUUGAUAGAAAUUCACUCUCUGGUUCCAUUCCUAUGGAAAUCGGGAAUAUGACCAAUCUUUAUAAGUUAUUUUUCUGGAAUAAUCUCCUGACAGGUUCUAUCCCUCCUGAAAUUGGAAACUUGAGAUCUCUUACUCUACUUGAUUUGAGCAACAAUAGUCUCAAUGGUUCAAUUCCAGCUUCUUUGGGAAAUUUGAGCAAUCUAGUUAAUAUCUCCCUCCAUCACAAUCAAUUGUCCGGUCAACUACCUCAGGAAAUCAGUAAUUUUACAAAAUUAGAGAGGCUGGACAUUGCAUAUAAUCAUUUUUGUGGGUAUUUACCACAACAUAUAUGCAAAGUUACAUCACUCAUACACUUUUCCGGAGCUUAUAACUAUUUCACAGGUCCAAUUCCCAAAAGCAUGAGAAAUUGCAGAAGCCUAACAAGACUCCGUCUUGACAAUAACCAUCUCACAGGGAACAUAUCAGAAGUCUUCGGUGUUUACCCGAAUUUAACUUAUAUCGAUUUGAGCCACAAUCAAUUGUAUGGUGAGGUUUCAAAGAAUUGGGCAAAGUGCCUAAAAUUAACAAGCCUAAAAAUCUCAGGAAACAAGAUUUCCGGUCGAAUACCACCUGAGCUUGGAAACUCAACUCAAUUGCAAGGGCUUGAGUUUUCUUCAAAUCUCUCGGUAGGCCAGAUUCCAAAAGAAAUGGGGAGGCUUAGCUCUUUACUGAUGCUAAAGUUGAAUGAUAACCAACUCUCUGGCACCCUACCUGAGGAUGUGGGAUUGUUCUCUCAACUUCUACAGCUUGACCUCUCAAUGAACAAUCUAAAUGGAUCUCUUCCAAAUCAACUAGGGGAAUGCAGGAAUCUUAUUUACUUGAAUUUGAGCAAGAAUAAAUUCAGUGGAAGCAUUCCAGAUGAAAUUGGUAAUUUAGUUGCCCUACAGAUGCUACUGGACCUUAGUGGAAACUUGUUCACAGGAGAAAUCCCUCCAGAACUUGGAAGCUUGGAUAAGCUUACAAAUUUGAAUCUCUCUCAUAACAAGCUAUUCGGUUCCAUUCCAUCUACUUUCUCUGACAUGCUUAGUUUGAUAACCAUUGAUGUAUCUUACAAUGAGUUAGAGGGUCCUCUACCUAAUAAUCUAGCCUUUCAGAAUGCUACAAUAGAAGCUUUCAAUCAUAACAAAGGCUUGUGUGGCAAUGCUACAGGUUUGCAACUUUGCAUUUCUUCAUCAACCAGAAAGCAAACCCUAAAAGAAAGCCACAAAUCCUUGAUUCUUAUCCUAUCUCUUGUAGCAGUAUUGCUUUUUCUCCUACUUGCAUUCCUUGGGACUUUUUUAUUUUUUCGUCAAAGAAUGAAAAGCAUAGAGGAGGAAACAAGUGCAAACCAACAACAUGGAUUAGAUGUGUUUACAAUAUGGAACUAUGAUGGGAGGAUAGCAUACCAAGACAUCAUUGAAGCAACUGAGCAUUUUGACCCCAAAUAUUGCAUCGGCAUGGGAAGACAUGGAAGUGUUUAUAAAGCAGAGUUGUCAUCAGGUCAAUUGGUAGCUGUUAAGAAGUUCACCUCUUCUUCAGAUGAAGAUGAGAUUUCUGAUCAAGAAACUUUCAGAAAUGAAAUUCGUAUGAUGACUGAAGUGAGGCAUCGAAACAUUGUGAAAUUUUAUGGUUUUUGUUCUCAUGUGCGGCACUCAUUUUUGGUUUAUGAAUAUGUGGAGAGAGGAAGUUUGGCUAAGAUCCUAAGCAUAGAAGAAGAAGCUGUAGAAUUGGAUUGGACUAAAAGGUUUAAUAUUGUUAAAGGUGUAGUUGAAGCUCUGUCUUACUUGCACCAUGAUUGCUCACCCCCAAUAAUUCAUCGAGACAUAUCGAGCAAAAAUAUAUUGUUGGAUUCAGACUUUGAGCCUCAUGUCUCGGACUUUGGCAUUAGUAGACUUUCGAAAUCUGAUUCAUCCCAUUGGACAUCUCUUGCGGGAACAUAUGGAUAUUUUGCACCAGAGCUUGCUUACACAAUGAGGGUGACCGAAAAAUGUGAUGUUUAUAGCUUUGGCAUAGUAACACUGGAAGUAAUAAUGGGAAAGCAUCCCAGAGAACUUGUCUCUACUUUGCCAUCAUUAUCCUUUUCACCAUUGCCAUCUAUUGAGCAAAACUUAUGGUUGAAGGAUAUAGUUGACCAGCGCAUCUCACCUCCCACAAAUCAAGUUGCUGAGAAAUUGGUUUCGCUUAUGAAGCUGACAUUUUCUUGUUUGCAUAAAAAUCCACAAUCUCGGCCAACCAUGCAACAAGUGUCUCAAAAGCUAUCAAUUUGCAAUGUUUCCUAAAAAAAUUCCAGAAAAUAACAUUCGGAGCAAUUGUUGAAUCAUAAGGCAAGAUUUUAAUCCACCA